GAGCACGAUUCGCUUGCUCGCGCUUGUUGGGCACUUCCACUCUCCGUCAGUCGGUCGGCGCCUCUCCUGCAAGCCGAAGGUAAGGCACUCCAACCUGAGAGAAGAACACAAAUCACCAGCCGAGAAGAUUCGAAAUGGACAAGUGCCGUUUUAAGAUUCAAAUAUGGCUUUUGGCCGCUCUUUUGGCCGCGGCGGGAGGGCAGCAGGGUCGGCGGCCGUCGGCCGAGCAGCCACAAGAGCCGCCGGAAGGUUACUAUGCGUUUGAGGAAGCGGUGGAUGCGGAGCCGCCCAAGGUGCGUCGGCCGCCCUACCUUCAGGCCGACGUGCCCUGCGCCGGACUUGGUAAUGUUCAGCCACACAUGUCGAUCAACAACCUGUGCGGUGACCUGAAUAAAGGGUUCAUUCCGAAGAACCCGAUUCAUCCCAACAAAAAGGGCCCCUCCUAUCCAUUUGAGCUAAUCAAGAUCAAGACUCUGGAUUUCUUCAGCAAGACGCUGCCGCUGCUCAAGGCGGACGACACCCUGCCGAAGGUGGCCAAAUACCAGGAUGCGCCAAAAUAUUAUUAUCAGCAUAAAGCCCCACCUAGCAUCAGACAGCCUCCCAUCCCACCGAAGUUUAGAAACAAGCGGUCAGUUGAAGUUGAGGCUGAUAAUAGCACUGUUGCGACUGCAAGACAAGGAAGGAAAUUCUGCGACAACGGUGGGGGAAUAAUGUGCAUGCUUUACAAGGCGUUCCGCGGCGAGCCCCUCGCGUCCGGUCUGCUGGGCAUUGAGAGCCGUCGCGAUGACGUUGGAAACGACGAGUUCCGCCGCGAUUCGGCACCUAACAGCCUUUCCCAGGACGCGAACGCACCGCCGACGCCAUGCCCUGCGCGCGUCGAGUACGCUACGCCAGUCUUUGCCAAGAACUACCAGGGCGUCUGGCGCUACGUCGUCCAGAUUCCCUAUGAAGGCUACUUCACGCAAACCGUCGAAGUCACAAGAUGUUUGAACACCAAAUGCCACUACCUGGAGGGUUCCUGCAUGUCCUCCCCACGUUGGGUGAGCAUGCUGGUGGCCGAGCUGUACUACCCUGACUCUUACUUCCCUAGUAAUAACAAGGAACAACAGUGGCCGCCCAGACGGCCGGUGGCCAACGAGCGGCCGCCCGUCGCCAAUGAGAGGCCACCGCCCGUGGCUGAUUUCCAGAACUAUCAGCAAUAUUUGCAGAAGAGGGCCGGCGAGGCCGAGUCUAGGAUCAUCGCCCAGCCGCUGGUGGAUGAGAAGAGAGAUCAGGGCGUGCAGAACUCGACGGCGACCAAGGACAAUGCUGAACAAGACGGCAGUCACUGCGAUGGCGUUGACGAACUGGGAUGCUACCAGGUGAGGCUCUACUACGAUUGGUUCCUGGUGCCUGGCAGUUGCAAGUGCUGGAGGCCCGACUUCUUCAACAGGUACAACCGCAGGAGGGUUUCAAAGGACCUGUCGUGAACAACAUUAUGGACUGAGCGCAGCCAGACUUCCGC